CUCCGGGAGGCGCAGCGUCAUCAUCGCGGAAGUAGCGUCCGAACUUCGCAGUUGUUUUUGUGCACUUUCUUUCCCUUUUGAGCCGUAAAUUCUCGGAAAAUGUAGGUUGUUUCUUGCGCAAACAACCACUAGGUGGUAGAUCUAGCAGUUAUCUACCAUAGACAGGAAAACGAUGAGGGAGAGACGUUCGGAAAGCCCUUUUUUUACUUGACUUUUUAGACUGUGAAGAACCGUCUCCAUGGAGUUGGCAGACGCUGACUUCUCAGACACAGCGCUCCACGAGGCGGUCCGGUACGGAGACGUUCCUGGCGUGAAGGAGGCGCUGAAGGACGGACUGGACCCGAACCAGAUCGGGCUGUACCAGUGGAGCCCACUGCACGAGGCUGCAUCUCUCGGGGACGGGGAGGUCUUAAAACUCCUGCUCAAGUUUGGAGGCGACCCUAACACAGCAGACUGUCUCCACGGCUGCACAGCUCUGCACUACGCUGCCAAGGAGGAUCAUCCUGACUGUCUUAAGGCCCUACUGACAGCUGGAGGAGACACUGAUCUGAAAAACCACCAUGGUGAGACGUGUGUGGAUGUGGCAGAGGGAGAGUGUCGCAAGAUGCUGGAGGAGCACAAGGACAAGCUACGUGUUAAAGGUCUCCUGGCCAUGUCCACCAGUCAGGCCCGACAGGCGGUCAUCCAGCAGCAGCAGGAGGAACUGGUCAAUUCCAGGAACAGGGAUUCCAGUAACCAUGGCGAUGGUAGAACAGGUGGUUCUGGAGAUACCGGUAGCCAUGGCAACAGUAGAACAGGUGGUUCUGAGACAGCUGACACAGCCUGGGGGGACAAACCUGUCGGUCUGGAGGAGGAAGCAGUUGGUGGCUCCUUGCUUCUGUCUUUUGAGUACAACUCCAGGAAAGCUGUGCUGAAGGUGCGGGUUUGGGAGCUGCAGGACCUACUUCUACCACCAGCGGACACGUCCAUGAUAGCAUCCCUCCAUGUCAAGAGCUUCCUAAUCCCUGACAAGAAGGGUCAAACCAAGAGGAAGACUGAAGAUGUCAAAGUUGACCUUGAGGAGCAUCAACCCAAGGUCAAGUACGAGAUCCAGGGCAAGGGGGAGGGCACCAAGGUCACCUUCGUUCCUACAAAAUUCUCCUUCAAGAAAGGACUGGAGUACGAGGAUGUUGACAAAGAGAUGGUGGAUACACGGACUGUGAGGUUGGAAGUUUGUAUAAAACAGCGGUUCACGGGGAAGAGUUACUUGGUGGCCAGUCUGGAGAUCCCGCUCAAGGUCGCCGUCAAGAAACUCCUGAAGGAGAAGUUUCCGCUCAGGGUGCACAUCAAUCCCAGCAUGCCUCACAGCCUGCAGGCCUACACGCUACAGGACCUCGUUGUCAGUAAUCCGAGCGUCGUGACUGUCAGUAACCCUGACCUCAGGUCGGCCUCGCUGACAAGGUUACGCUCUAACAACCCUGCUCCAAGGGCACACAGCGACGGCGACCUCAAACAGGUCAGCAGUCAAAGGUCAGGGAAUGUGCCGUCCAUCGUGAUCAACAUUCCGCAGGAGGACACGGACACGUCGGACGCUCUGCGGCAGAUCAGAGUCAUGGACCACGCGGAUCGGGUUUCACACAUCAGCAGGAGCGAGUCUGACCUUCAGUUCACCGCCAACAUUCCAACAGAACAGGACUUGUUGAGGCAAGUCUUGAUUGGUAGAACAGAAAUGGCGAAAAGCUCGCCGAACAUUUCCUUAAACAUGGCUGAGCCUGGGGAAGUGCCAGAUGGAGUAGAUGUAAAAAUGCCAGGUUCGGUUCCAGACAGUAAAGUUGACAUUCCAAAACCAAGCUCCAAGGGCAAACACGUAACAUCUAAAGAAAGAAGAGAGGAGAGAAAAAAGUUGUCAAGAAGGAAAAGUGAAGAGGGGGCGGUCAUUUGCGUGGAACCUCCAGUUUCUUCUACAAUUGUAGAGAUGGAAGAGAUACCCGAGGAAAAGGGCUCACCUAGGCACAGAAGUAGGCCGACGUCACCAAGACUGAAAGAAGAAACUGACAGCAGUAGAAGACACCGAGAGGAUAAAAAAUCCACAACCAGUCCACUUCCAGACAUUAUGAACAAGGAAGUGGACUCAAAAAUAGAGAAGAGGGUUUCCAAAACUAGAGAAGGAAGGGAAGACGACCAAGAUGUUGACAGAAAGUCAAAGAAGAAAGUGCCAUUCUUAAAGAAGAAGGCGAAAGAGAAAAGACUGGAUGGGAUGGUUCUGGAGAACAGGCAGGCAGAUUCUCAGGAAGCUGGAGAGUCGGAGAUACAGGAAACAUCUUUUGUCUCACGGCGUGACAAAAGUCCACGACCUGGCCAUGCUGUUCGUCAAGAUGAUGGAGAGAAGAAAAGAACAACAAAGAUGGAUGAGAGGAGGAGAAGAGAACAGUUAGAAAGAGUCCGUCCAAAGUCUCCUUUUGAGAAGGCCGGUGAACUUCUUCCCACCAUCAACACCAAGUCCAGGAGAAACAGGAGGGAAGCAGAGAGGUACAUCAUGAGUGAUGAAGAGGACGACCUUUCACCUCCUGACCCCUCUGCAGUACAGGUCAAAGGUUGGAUGGGAGCAGACAUCAAGACUGUCCAGCCAAAGGUUAAGAAGGGUCACAGGUCAAGGUCGAAAUCGAAGGAGCGGGUCUUAGAAGGGCAUGGGAAUGAGGUCGUAACAGAAACACCAAAAGGUGCCCUGAGACAAAACCUUGUUGACCAGUACCGCUCGCAAAUGAAGCACCUGGCAACACCUGAGUACAGGCUACAGCUGUUUCAGAGAACAGGUAACCAGCCGCAUCCGGCCACACCUGGCAUCCUCCAGCUGCCAGAGACAGACCUGAGCAUGUCCACCAUGGAGCAGAUGGACCCCUUCUUUGUCCCUGAAAGUCCCACCCAAUCACCUCUCACCUUACAGACAUCACACCGAGUGGACCAGUCAGGUGCCUUGUUGCAUUCGAAAAGAGGAAGGGACCAAUCACCAUCCAAGUUGAGGUCGUCAAGGAAACCAGAUAAGUCGGGAACAGAGUUGAAAUACUUCCCUGGAGGUCAAAGGGGGAAGAAAAAAGAGUUGAAAGACAUUGACUUGGAAACAAGCGAGGUCUAGAAUGACUGAAAAAUAUACAUUGUUGCACAAAUGUGGAUAUCUUGCCAUUUUACAUGAAUAUUAUAGCUUUUCUAUUAAAUGUGUUGUAAACAUUGUGAUUUAUGAUGUGAGAUUAAAACCAAAAAGCUACAUAUAUUUUAUACUAAUAUGUAUUUCUACAAUUGAGGAACCCAACAAAAAAAAUUUAAAAGAAAUGUAAAAUGUAGUUACACAUUGUGUUAUGAUUUUAUGUAUGUUUUUUAAUGUCUAGAUGCAUCAUUUCAGAUGCAAUAAAAUUCCUUAGAACAAAGCAGUCAAGUUGGCUUGAGACAGACCACAUCAGUACCUCAAAAGUGCUAUAUUUGUGGAGCUUUUGAAUUUUAGCUGUAUUAUUUUGUCAAUUCCAUCACUUUUGUGAGGCCUAAAUUGUGGAAUGGACACCUCAGAGGCAAUUGUUCUGUAAAUUUCUGUACAGUUACUGUUUUUUCCUCUAUAUUUUCAUUUUUUUUAAGUUUUGUAUUAAAAGCCGUUA